GUAUCUGUUUCCGGGUCAGGUUUCCUCCAAGCUUUUUUUUAUUUGUUCAUGCUAGAAAGUUAGCCUGGUUUUGUUGCAAUGGCGAACAGAACCGUCAAAGAUGCCAACAGUAUACACGGAACCAACCCGCAAUAUCUGGUGGAGAAAAUCAUCCGGACGCGAAUUUACGAAUCCAAAUACUGGAAGGAAGAGUGCUUUGGUCUCACCGCCGAGCUGGUGGUCGACAAAGCCAUGGAGUUGAAGUUUGUCGGAGGAGUUUAUGGCGGAAACAUAAAGCCGACCCCCUUCCUCUGCCUCACGCUGAAAAUGCUUCAGAUUCAGCCUGAAAAGGACAUCAUCGUGGAGUUCAUCAAAAAUGAAGAUUUUAAAUAUGUCCGUCUUCUUGGAGCCAUGUACAUGCGGUUGACCGGCACCGCCGUGGACUGCUACAAAUACCUGGAACCGCUGUACAAUGACUACAGAAAGAUUAAGACCCAGAACAGAAAUGGAGAGUUUGAGCUGAUGCACGUCGACGAGUUCAUAGAUGAACUUCUUCACGCAGAGAGAGUGUGUGACAUCAUCCUUCCUCGACUUCAGAGGAGGCAGGUCCUGGAGGAGGCAGAGAUGCUGGACCCUCGGGUCAGCGCUUUGGAGGAAGACCUGGAUGAAGUGGAAAGCAGUGAGGAAGAAGAUGAGGAGGACGAAAAGCCAGAGCGACUGCACUCCCCCGAACCUCACAGGCGGAGUUACCGUGACAACGACAGACCUCGCCGCUCACCGUCGCCACGUUACAGACGCAGCCGCUCACCCAGACGGCGAAGCAGAUCUCCAAAGAGACGAAGCCCGUCACCUCGGAGAGACCGCCAUCGCAGCAAAAGUCCACGUCGACAUCGCAGCCGGUCCAGAGACAGACGCCACCGCUCCAAAUCUCCCGGUCAUCACCGGAGCCACAAACACCGUCCCCACAGCAAGUCUCCUGAGAGGAGUUCAAAAAAGAGCCACAAGAAGAGUCGAAGAGGAAACAACUGAAUUCCUUUUUUGUUUUUUUUUUUAUCCUUUAAACUUCUCAACUGUCCUCUUAAAUCUGCUCUAAAGUUUGGUUCAGCUGAGAUUUUAGACCCCAGACAUGUGACACAUUUACCGCUUUCUGUUGUGACAGUAAAUAAAAGCUUAUAAUAAAUUUCGGAGAAGUCAUUUAUGUAAUUGAAUUCCGCUGUAUUGAACUCUUUGUUCAUAUGUUUGUUUUUCAAUUAAAGAUCUCCAUUUUGUCGGUUUACACUCU